AUGACGCUAUUCAAACCUGAUAAGACGCCUGUCAAAAUGGCCGACCUAUUCUCAACCGGUACAACGAUUGUGAGGGUGCAGGGGGUGGAUAUAACUUUUCAUGUGGAUGAAAAUUGUCGCGCGACAAAGACGCACGGGGAGUUUCCCGAGGGCCUUUAUAUACAAGUAGGAAGGAAGGAGGGUAUGCAAUAUCUUAGCAGACUUACAUAA